AGCUCAGACAUGGCAGAAGAAAACCACACUCUGGUCACUGAGUUUAUCCUCGUGGGACUCACAGAGCGUCCCAUGCUAAAAGUUGCCCUGUUCUUACUGUUCCUCAUCAUCUACCUCAUCACCAUGGUGGGAAAUCUCGGACUGAUUGCUCUCAUUUGGAAGGACUCUCACCUCCAUACUCCCAUGUACUUCUUCCUCAGCAGCUUGGCCUUUGCGGAUUCAUGCACUACAUCCUCUGUGACUCCCAAAAUGCUUCUCAACUUUUUAUCUAAAAAUCAUGAGAUAUCCCUGGUUGAGUGCUUUGCCCAAUUUUAUUUUAUGGGUUCCAGUGCAACCACAGAAUGUUUUCUCCUAUCUGUGAUGGCCUAUGACCGCUAUGUCGCCAUAUGUAACCCCUUGCUCUAUCCGGUGCUGAUGUCUAAUAGACUCUGUAUUCAGUUUGUAUCUGUGACAUACUUACUUGGUGUUCUGCACUUGGCAAUUCAUGUGGGUUUGUUACUUAGACUGACUUUCUGCAGAUCCAACAUUAUACAAUAUUACUACUGUGAAAUUUUACAACUUUUCAACAUUUCUUGCAUUGAUCCAACAAUUAACAUGUUCGUGCUUUUAAUUUUUUCAAUUUCUAUACAAGCCUUCACCUUUGUAACCAUCUUGGUUUCAUAUAUCCGUGUCCUCUUUGCCAUCCUGAGAAAGAAGUCUGAAAAGGGCAGAAGCAAAGCCUUCUCCACAUGCAGUGCCCAUCUGCUUUCUGUCUCUUUGUUCUAUGGCACUCUUUUUCUCAUUUAUGUUUGUCCUGGGUCUGGGCCUGUGGGAGACAAAGAGAAAAUGCUUUCUUUAUUUUAUACAGUAAUAAUUCCUCUGCUCAACCCAUUUGUUUACAGUCUGAGGAACAAAGAGGUUAUAGAUGCUUUUAGAAGAGUAAUGAAUAAUAACUGA